UUUAUUUAUUUAAUUUAUUUACCUGUACUGUGGCUGCCGCUUCUGUAUCCGUCUCCAUAACUAUGAAGCUUCGAAUCUCAGAAGCGUGCUUAUAGCGACGGUGACACCUGUCGCAGAGGAUCGCACCUGCUCCAUCUCGUCGUCCUCCUCGAUACGGCGCACCGACAAUGCUUGUUUAGGUUAAUAGGCGGCAAUCCAUUUCGUAUUGACUGCGGCGCAAGUAGUCAUCGGCAAUGGGGUUGAAGCUAGCGUUGGCCAGCUAUAGAGUUUUGUUAACUGAAGUUGUGGUGAUCGCAGCGGUGAUGUUCAGGUUUUGCGCCGUGAUUGAUGCUACUACUGAUCCUAAUGAUGUUCAAGGGCUUCAAGUGUUGUACACUUCAUUAAAUAGUCCUUCACAGCUAACAGGAUGGAAAUCCACUGGCGGCGAUCCCUGUGGAGAGUCAUGGAAGGGUGUUACUUGUCAAGGUUCUUCUGUUGUAUCAAUCCAAAUAUCUGGUUUGAGACUCAAUGGAACAAUGGGAUACUUGCUCAGCAACUUUGCAUCACUCAAGACAUUGGAUUUGAGUGACAAUAAUAUACAUGAUGCAAUUCCAUUUCAGUUACCUCCGAAUCUGACAAGCCUAAAUAUUGGGAGUAACAAUUUAAGUGGCGGUCUUCCUUAUUCGAUUUUAAACAUGGGUUCUCUUAAUUAUCUGAAUGCCAGUCGAAAUGCGAUGUCUCAAUCAGUUGGAGAUAUGUUUGCUAACCAUUCUGCAUUAGCUACCAUAGAUAUAUCCUUCAACAAUUUUUCUGGGGACCUCCCGCCUUCACUUGCCUCAUUAACAAAUCUUUCAACUCUUCUACUGCAAAACAACCAACUUACUGGUUCUCUAAAUGCCCUUGCUGAUUUGCCUUUGGAAAAGUUAAAUGUGGCAAACAACAAGUUUACUGGAUGGAUUCCACCAAAGCUCCUUUCUAUCCCAAAUUUUGUAUACAACGGUAAUGCCUUUUCCAAUGGUCCUGCUCCUCCUCCUCCACCAUAUACCCCACCUCCUCCUGGUCAAUCUCACAAUAAUGGUGGUCGAAACCAUCCCAGCGGUCGUUCACCUGGCACCAAUGUCCCAAGCAAUUCACAAAAUGAAAAUAAAAACGGGUUGUCAACAGGAGCUAUUGUAGGCAUUGUUCUAGGAUCUUUGUUUGCUGUUGCCUUGUUUCUGCUUCUGCUAGUUUUUUGCCUUAGAAGAGGAAAGAAGAAGGAGAGUGCUGUACGGCUGCCAAGGAUGAGCCUUCCCGUCAGCAAUGAUAAAGCAACUAUGGAGAUGCAAGAGAUAAGGCCGCAGCUUACUGCUACCGUAUCUGAUUUGAAGCCCCCACCAGCUGAAGCUGUGACAGUGGAAAGGUUACAAGGGAAAAAUGGAUCAGUAAAAAAAGUGAUAUCACCUAUAACUGCUACUUCUUACACAGUUGCUGCUCUUCAGACUGCAACAAAUAGCUUUAGUCAAGACAAUCUUAUUGGCGAAGGCUCCCUUGGUCGCGUUUACCGAGCAGAAUUCGCCAAUGGAAAGGUCAUGGCCAUCAAAAAGAUCGACAAUGCAGCACUGUCACUGCAGGACGAAGAUAAUUUCCUUGAAGCCGUAUCAAACAUGUCGCAUCUGAGGCAUCCAAAUAUUGUGGCACUGGUGGGAUACUGCGCUGAACACGGGCAGCGUCUUCUUGUUCAUGAUUAUAUUGCAAAUGGCAGCUUGCAUGAUAUCCUACACUUUGCUGACGAGAGGAGCAGGAUGCUGACAUGGAAUGCUCGGGUCAGAGUGGCACUCGGAACUGCCCGAGCUUUAGAGUACCUACACGAAGUGUGCUUACCUUCUGUUAUACAUAGAAAUUUAAAGUCGGCAAACAUUUUACUUGACGAAGAGCUCAAUCCUCAUCUAUCCGACUGUGGAUUGGCAGCUCUUACGCCAAACUUGGAACGACAGGUUUCAUCGACCCAAAUGGUAGGCUCAUUCGGAUACAGCGCACCUGAAUUUACCUUGUCUGGAAUAUACACAGUAAAAAGCGACGUAUACAGCUUUGGUGUGGUUAUGCUGGAACUUCUAACCGGGCGAAAGCCUCUCGACAGUUCAAGGGCGAGGUCAGAACAGUCGCUCGUGAGAUGGGCAACUCCUCAGCUCCACGACAUCGAUGCUUUAUCUAAGAUGGUUGAUCCUGCUCUGAAUGGCAUGUAUCCGGCAAAGUCCUUAAGCCGGUUCGCAGAUAUCAUUGCCCUCUGUGUCCAGCCGGAGCCUGAAUUCCGACCACCCAUGUCAGAGGUGGUGCAAGCACUGGUUCGGCUGAUGCAGCGGGCGAGCAUCGUGACGAGAAGAUCCAGUGAAGAUGCAACAGCAGCAGCAGCAGGAGGGUUCUCUUUCAAGACUCCCGAGCAUGAGGCCGGUGGCGACGGUGGCAGCGACAUGUUGUAGCAAGAAUUCGAACAACCUUUGCAAGUUUUGAGCACGAAUGUGUGCAGAGGUGGAUGGUUUUCCGAAGGCAUGAAUUUGGGGAACUAAUAAAAUGACUAAUACACACAACUGAGAAAUGCAACAAUGCUGCUUUAUGUAAUGCACUGUAUUUUUGUAUGUAUUCCUUGUAUUUUAUUUUCAUUUUCAAACUAGUCUGUUUCACCCAGUCAAUGGAACCUUUAUAGAUUUGAGAAUA